CCGGGGGUACAUGAACCUCGCCACGUCAAUCAUCAACGUUGUGUGGCCACCAGUGGAGAGGUUCUUCACAAUGUUCGAAGAGGGAAAACUACUCAUUGGCGGUGGCAAAAUCCCGCUUGACAUGUCGGGGAGGGUGGAGGGAAGUUUGUCAGGUUCAUACACCGAUGAAAUCAAAGGACAAAGGACACUGUACCAUUGCAUCUACGCACGAGAUGGUCCAAAAGGCUUCACCAUGUUCUGGAAGGAUCUGUACUCUUCGUGCUUCAAGAACUUCGGGGACAUGACACGCCGGGAGAGAGAAGUCGCGUUGUUUCUGCUCAUGAAGGGGAAGGUGGUGGCUACGAACGUCAAAGUCGUGCCUUCAAGGGUGAACACAGAGUGUCUCUUCGACAUCAUGUGUAAAGAGAGAUACAUGACCCGCAUGUUCAACUACAUUGUGUUCCGUGCCGAGGGGAGGGUGCAUGAGGAUUGGAACGACGACUUCUUCAUGUCGUACAACGACCUCGAAGAAAGGUUUGGGCCAAACGAGCUUUGCACAACAGAAUGGGAGCAGGAACGAGAGAAGUUACAAAGCAACAAAGUGAAGAUGGUCCCUCGACAACUUGGCGGAGUGGAGGAGGCAAGACAAGGACCGGGCUUGGGACCUACCGAAGCAAUGUACAAGGAGGCUCCGUUUCACUUCAAAGUCUUCGUCUACACAGUCAUUGAUAAACUCGAUAUGCUCCGAGCAGAGGUGAAACGAAUUGCCUUCAACGCACGACAUCUUGUCUGAGACAAUCUCGGGAGACAGGCGACAUUG